AUGGAGGAGAUCUUAACGAAUUUCCGUCGGAAUCGACUGUUCAGCAUUCAAAGUUUGGACGCCGAUGAUCCGAAUUCGAUGCGUUCGCGAGCCGCAACAAUGUCCGCAGCAGCUGGAGCGCAAGUCGAUCAUGGAAUCAAGGUUCUUAAAGAAUUGUCAAUAAUUGUGCUGGAAACCGCUUUAAGACUACCAGGCCUGAUUUUAAUGGAAUUAUGGUGGAGAAAUCUGGAUCUCUCGUUCGAGGACAUAUCGCAGGAAAUGCUUAAAAAGGCUCCAUUCAACUCAUAUUUGGAUAUCACCACCGUUCUCGAUUUCGUGCAUCGCCGAAACUUUGACAAUUCCGCCGCCAUCAUUCUCAAUUAUUCAGUGAUAUUGAUAAGUUUGAUGUUCCUCACGCUUCCGUUGAAUCGACUCUUUCGAAUGUAUUCGCAUUCGAUGUCGAUCGCCGUGUUCGCGUUCGCCCAUUACAUGUCGUUCACCUACGUUCAAUUGGAAAUUGAUGCCGGCGACGAGGAUAUCAAACUCGACGAUUUCGUCAAACUCGAAAGACACGGAUUCCAUUUUUUGGCGCAGAUGCUGUUGGCUCUUUGCCAAUCUCUGCUUCUCGAAUUGGAAUCGGAGCAUUGGCGCGUGUUUCUCGCGAUGUUCUGCAUUCCGAUCGUCUCAAGAAUGUGCGGUUGCCCUUUGGACAAAUUGAUGCUGACGCACAACAUCGCGUGCGGUCUCGUGAUGAUCUUCGUCUGCUUCUACAUGCUCUACCGUUUGCCGAAUCUCAUCAAGGCGAUUCGCGUCGCGUUUCGACAAAUCAAGGCAAUCUUUGUGAUUCGCGGUUUAGCGAUGGGCUCGGUGACGGUGUGGCGACGAUUGAGAAUCGCCGAACUCAUGGCGUUCACGUGGAUCACGAUAUUCUCAUCGCGACUUUAUGUCGAGAUGAUCGAGAAAGGACGACCGUGGUGGGAAGCCGGGCCGGUGCUGCUCGCCGGUGUUGCCGAGAGCACCAACACGCCGAUAUCGCUGCUCGCGCUCGCCAUCACUGUCUCAUUCUUCUGCAAAUGGGUUGCCGAUGCCGCGCAGUUGGUCGUCGGCGGCCAACGCGAUCAUGGGCAUGUUUUGGCACAUUCCGGGUACACUGAAGCGUUCACCCUGGUGGUUCUAUGCGCUCAAACUGGAUUGCUCGGAAUGAAGACGGAUCAGAAGGCGUUCCUCCUCGGUCUUGUCCUCUUCAUUGUGAUGUCCGCUCUUCUCCAAUCGCUCUAUGAGCUCCUCGAGCCGCAACUAUUGAAUCUCGCCUCGAAUCACUCGUCAACUAGGGGCCGUCACAUUCGAUGUCUCGCGUUGGCGGUGUUCUUGAUGAUCGCGCCGGCCGCCAUGUGCAAAACGAUUCUCACAUUCCUACCAUUUGAUUUAUGGUGCACUAUUAUUAUUUCGAAUUGCUCGUUGACAUCGGUUCACGCGAUCUCGAUAACGGCUCAAUAUGUGAUUGCAAUGAUCGAUAGCAAAUCCGAAGAGCCAUGGGAGGGAAGCGACAAUUUCACGUUUUACGUGAACUGCGGCACUCGCGUCACCGAAUUGCUGAUCGCCAAGAUCGUCUUGAUCUAUGGAUGUAUUAAGAUUGUUCAUGAUGGCCUCACAUUCUCAACAAUCGCAAUUCUCCUGUUCCAUGUAAUUGUAAAUAUCUACAAGAGAAUUGAACAUUUGGUGCUAGUGAUUCGGUCGAGAUCGGAGGCCUGUAAGAACAUUGAUCGCCUGUCGAAGGCCAACGCAAAACAGCUAAAAGAGCGUGAAGAUGUUUGCGCGAUUUGUUUCAUCGAGAUGCGCGAAGAAGCCCGUAUCACGCCGUGCAAUCAUUAUUUCCAUGGUCCAUGUUUGCGCAAGUGGCUCGCAGUGAAGCUGGUAUGUCCGCUAUGCUAUUCGGAGAUGAAGGUUGACGACGAGAAGGCCAAGGAUUCUGUAACGACGACGACGGCGGCAGCGGCGGCGGCGGCUGAGAACGCACCGCAGGCGGAUGUUAAUAGAAGGCCAGUAAACGGUGAAAUGUAUUUCGAUUGGGAUGAUAUGUUUAGUAGUUUCGCGCAUAUUCCCGGAAUGGAACGAGGCCGAAGGAAUCGCGAUGAGCAGCGUCUUCAUGAAGCGCGCGAUAUGUGGCCGUUGCUCAUGGACAACCAAGCUUAUGAGAGCGACUCGUCGACGACAUCGGAAUUCACGAUUGCCGAUGAGGCGAGAUGA